UCUUCAAAUGUAUAAACACUCACUUUUUCAACAUUCUUUCUCAUUUCAUACUCUUCACUCUCUCUCUAAUGUCCACCGCCGAUCCGACAAUAUCGGCCGCCGAAGUCGGUCUCGGUUACGGUAUCGCCAUAGCUGUCAGCAUUCUUGUCCUUAUUUCCACUAUAAUGCUUGCUUCUUAUGCUUGUAUAAGAGUUAAAGGCGGCAGUUCUCGAGGUCAUAGACUUAAUAGUAGAGGUAACAGCGGAGGUGAUAACGGCGACGGUGAUAUUUAUAGGCUGAGUCACUCAUCGGCCGGCGACGGAAUAGAGGCGGGGACGAUGAUGAUGGGCCUCGACGAGCCUGUGAUUAAGUCAUACCCGAAGAUUGUGUUAGGAGAAAGCCGGCGACUUCCCAGGCCCAAUAACGGCCCAUGUUCAAUUUGCUUGUGUGAUUAUCAGGAUAAGGAAAUAAUCAGGUGUAUUCCGGAUUGUAACCAUUGUUUCCAUGCUGACUGUGUUGAUGCAUGGCUUAAGGUGAGUGACACGUGUCCGUUGUGUAGGAAUUCUCCUGCUCCGUCAGCUAACUCAACGCCGGUUGCUACUCCGUUGUCGGAGUUGGUGCCGUUGUCAUUUCACUCCAGGUGAUUUUGCAUUUAGGUCCUUUUAUUUUGACUUAUUGCUAGAUUGAGAGAGAAAAUUUUGAAACUAAUAG